GUCUCCGGAUCAUCUGGGUCAGGCCGUUAGCACGAUAACCAAACCAUACACCAACUCAGAAGUCCUUGCCGAAGACACAAUUGACGAUAAAACAAGUGCUCUCAAUAUUGAAGCAAGCCUCAAAUUGAGUUUCCUUGGGGGCUUAGUUAAUGUACAAGGAGCAGCGAAAUACUUAGAUGACAGAAAGACAUCGAGUCACCAUUCUCGCGUUGUUCUGCACUAUGAGACAACAACUGAGUUGAAACAGCUGACCAUGGAACAUUUGGGACGAGGAAAGGUGCAGUAUCCAGAGGUGUUUGAUCAAGAUAUUGCCACUGACGUAGUGGUUGGAAUCCUGUAUGGAGCCAAAGCAUUUUUGAUCUUUGACCAGGAAGUUUCCAAAGAUGAAUAUGAGAAAGAGGUGCAUGGAAAUAUGAAAGUACUGGUGAACGCCUUGCCUGGUAUCUCUAUAGACGGAGGAGGCUCUGUCGACAUAACUGAAGACCAGAAGAAGAAAACAGAGAAAAUGCAUUGCAAGAUGUAUGGAGAUUUCAGAACAGAAGAAAGUCCAACUACUUUCGAAGAAGCAGUGAGAGUUUACAAACAGCUACCAUCAUUGAUUGGGGACAAGGGUCAAAACGCAGUUCCUGUCCAAGUAUAUUUACACCCGCUCAGUGAAAUCGAUAGCAAGGGGCAACAAAUGGUUAGAGAAAUCAGUGCCAGUUAUAUAAACAAGACGUGUGAGAUUCUAGAGCACAUACAGCGUAUCGAGUCUAAGUGCAGCGAUUUAUUGAGAGAGAAUGUUUGUUUGUCGUUCUCUCGAGUCAAGAAGCAAUUAUCAAGUUUCAAAAGCAGUAUCUCAUGCUACAAGUUCUUUUUCCAGAAGAAGUUGUUGCCUUUGCUUCCCAGCAUCAGAGGAGGCGGAGCAGAAGAAUCAGCACUUGGCGAUAUCUUUGAAGAAAAAGAGCGUUCCCCCUUCGCACAAACUCGCAUUGAUGCAUGGAUCGAGGAAAAAGAGAAUGAGAUGAAGAGAUUGCAAAGUAUGAUCGAUGACUUGGGAGACACUCCUUUCGUUAACCCUGAAGAUGUAAAAAAUGAAGCGUUCAAACCAAGCAAUGACCAUGUUGUUUGUUGUACAUUUAAGAUUGGAAAGGAGGACGAUCCCCAGAUUUUGAGUAUGGAUGGGUACCUCACAGGAAAAGUUCUGCCAGAGUUGAAGAAAAAGGCAUCAUCAAGCACUGAUGACAAGAAUGUAAGAAAAAGAAUCCGCCAGACACUGAAACAGUUCUUAGAACUGAAAUCUGCAAAUGAAGACAACAAAGAAGUGAAGUUUUUCGCCACAGAGGAGUGUCUGUCUGACAAUUUCAGUGAAAACCCGGGAGCCUUCAUCUAUCUGUACGAGGAGGGCGAACUAGAAAAUAAAGAUUUUAAGUUAUCACCAAAGCCAGAAAACCUAGAAGCAGAGAGCGUGCGAGACGAUUCAAUCGAGCUUUGGUGGAAUGAUCCACACUGGAGCGAGAACAAAAUUAAAAAGUACAAAGUUCAGUGCAAAAAAAAUGAAGCCAACUCCGACUGGAUCACUCAGUGCACACCGUGUGGAAAUGAAGCUAAGAAAACUGCUACCAUAUCUGAUCUUCAACCAGCUACCAGCUAUCUGGUGCGAGUAUGCGCUGUGGGGCAGAUUGCGGUUAGCCAAUACAGUGAUACUUUGUAUGCAACUACCAAACCAACAAGU